AUGUCAACCCAACAUUUUCUCCUCUUCGGAGACCAGACGGUUGAUCUGGUCCCCUCAUUACAUCGUCUCCUUUCCAUCUCACAAUCCUCCCAGACUGUCCGCAGAUUCCUGCAGAGCACCUUGGACGUAGUCCAGACUAACAUCUCCGCAUUAGGCUCUGAUGAGAGGGUUAGGAUUGGUCACUUCGGCAGUUUCGAAGACCUUCUACAGAGAUAUUCAGGCACAGAGGAUACUAUCGGUGUUAUACACACGGUAGUAAUAUGUGCCUGCCGAUUAGCAGAGCUCAUAUUACUCGUUGAAAAUGACCCUUCACUACUUGGAUCCUCCUCCAAGGUCACGGCUUUGGGUCUCUGCACCGGCCUUCUUCCAGCUGCCGCCCUAGCCGGAUCACAAAAUAUUACAGAAUUAAUCGUAAUUGGUACCGAAACAAUUGCUGUUUGUUUCCGGUUAGCCCUGGAGCUAUACCGUCGAACAAGAAGGAUUGAGGAGACUCCAGGGCAUUGGGCGCACACCGUCCUUGGAGUUCCUGCCCGAGAGAUGGAUGUCAUUCUUAAAGAGUUUCAUGCCUCUAUGAACGUACCGACCCAUCGACAAGUCUUUAUUGGUGUUGAGGACGAAAGCUGGCUUACUCUAUUUGGACCACCUCCAGAAUUGGCCCAACUCUUUUCGUACUCCACCAAGAUCGAGUCUGCACCGAAGCUACAGCUGGCAGCAUAUGGAGCGGUCCAUUCACCCCACCUACCUAUCCCCGAUAUGGACGCCGUUGUUGGCAACUCCCCUAUUCUGAGUAGAUCUAUCACAUCCCAAGUCCAAGUUCUCUGCACAACCACUGGUAUACCCUAUUCCGCAACCACACUCCGAGACUUGUAUCUUUCCGUAUGUCGAGAAAUUGUUCAUAGCCGGCUCAAAAUUGGAACCGUCCUGAGGGCUGCUGCUCAAGGGCUGCAAACUAGCAGUCCAGUUCUUCUGAACGUGAUUGGCUUGACGCAGGCAACCCCAAUCGUGAAGCGGGUACUUGAUAGCCACAGAUUGUCAGUGACGCUGCAUGAUAAGCCGGUUGGGCUUUCAGAGCAGUCAGAAGAUCUUCGAGAUGGCUCCAACACCAUCGCCAUCGUCGGUAUGGCUGGUCGCUUCCCCGGAAGCGAAAAUCUAGAAGAGUUCUGGAAGUCAUUAAUGGACGGCCUUGACGCUCAUCAAGAGAUCCCUAGUGACCGGUUCGAUAUUGAGGCGUAUUAUGACCCUUCGGGUCGUUCCAAAAACUCCUUGUCGACCCGAUACGGAUGCUUCCUGCGCAACCCCGGUGAUUUUGAUCACCGACUAUUCAAUGUUUCCCCUCGGGAGGCGGAACAGAUGAGCCCCUUGCAACGACUUCUUCUGAUGUCAAGUUACGAGGCAUUGGAAAUGUCGGGGUACACAUCAAAUGGAACAAUAUCGACACAAAGCCAACGUAUCGCCACUUACUUUGGUCAGGCUGCAGAUGACUGGAAAGAUGGCAGCCGCAUCGCCGGCAUUGACCUCUACUAUGUUCCCGGCCUCCAGCGAGGCUUCACGCCAGGACGCCUCAACUACCAUUACAAGUGGGAAGGUGCUUCUUACUCGGUCGACUCAGCUUGCGCUUCUAGCGCAUCCGCGAUCGGGCUUGCCUGUUCUGCUCUUCUAACUCGGGAAUGUGACACUGCACUGGCAGGUGGAGUGAACAGCAUUACCUCUCCUGAACCAUAUUCAGGCCUCUCAAAAGGAAGCUUCCUAUCCCCAACAGGAGGAUGCAAGACGUUCCAAGAUGGCGCUGAUGGUUACUGCCGUGGAGAAGCAGUCGGUGUGCUUGUCUUGAAAAGAUUGGAAGAUGCGAUCCAUGAUAAUGACAACGUCCUCGCUGUCAUCCGAGGCUCUGGACGGAAUCACUCGGCCCUAGCCUCAUCCAUCACGCAUCCUCACGCUGAGACACAGGUUAGGCUCUACCACGAUGUCCUGCAAAAAGCGGGAGUGCAAGCGGAGGAGGUUGGAUUUGUCGAGAUGCACGGAACAGGCACACAGGCGGGAGACGCUGUGGAGAUGUCUUCAGUGUUGGAGGUCUUUGGGCGGAAUCGUACAAAGACCAAUCCGUUGAUUGUCGGUGCUGUCAAGGCAAAUGUUGGACAUACUGAAGCUGCUGCCGGUGCUGUUUCCAUGAUCAAAGCCAUCAUGGCUCUACAAAAAGGGAUAAUCCCGCCUCAACCAGGGGUCCCAUUCAAGAUUAAUCACAACUACCCUCCGUUGAAAGAGUUGAACGUUAGGAUUGCAGACGAUAAGAUCAACUUCCACAAACCGUCUGGAGGGAACGGCAAGAGGAAGGUUAUGAUCAACAACUUCGAUGCAGCGGGAGGUAACUCCUGUUUCAUUAUCGAGGAAGCACCGCAAGCGAAGCCAAAACAGAAGGACCCACGCAGCCACCACACAGUCACGGUAUCUGCUCGUACUUCGCUAUCUCUGAAAAAGAACAAGGAAGCUUUGCUUGAGUACCUUACAUGUCAUGCGGAAACCAGCCUUGCGGACCUAGCGUACUCAACGACUGCCCGGCGAAUCCAUGAAGAGCUUCGUGUGGCAUAUUCUGGAGACAGCAUAGAGUCCAUAGUCCAGCAGCUUCGUGGAGACCUGUCAAAUGCUGCUUCUUCUGCUACCGCCGCACCACGAGGCCCUCAAAAGAAAAGCCUCGUUUGGGUGUUUAGCGGUCAAGGAUCACAGUACCCGGGUAUGGGCUCAGAGCUUUUCCACUCCAACGCCACCUUCCGCAAUAGCAUUCGCUCCAUGCAGCGCAUGUGUGAUGCUCAGGGUUUGCCCUCGUUUGAGGAACUCAUUUCCAACAAAGAUGUUGAUGUUGCACAAAAGACAACUAUCCAGGUACAACUUGCUGUUGUUGCCAUUGAGCUUGCGUUGGCCGAUCUUUGGCGGUCUUGGGGAGUCAAGCCAGAUGUUGUCAUCGGUCACAGUUUGGGCGAAUACGCUGCUCUAUGCGUUUCGGGAGUUCUUUCUGUUAACGAUGCCCUUUACUUGGUCGGUCAACGAGCACUUCUUAUCCAAAACAGAUGCUCUGAGAACACAUAUGCCAUGCUUGCAGUUGUGGCACCUGCUCAGGCACUGGAGGAAUACCUCCGACGUCCUGAAUAUCAAUCUUGCUGUAUUUCAUGUUUUAACUCUCCAUCAGCUACUGUCGUGAGCGGUCCGGUUUCUAACCUUCAAAACCUUGAGAAGGCGAUACGCGCAGCGGGCUCCAUCUGUACACUUGUUCGUGUGCCAUACGGUUUCCAUUCACCACAGAUGGAUUCCAUUCUUGAGGACUUCGAGCACCUGUCACAUAGUGUACGCUUCCAGACUCCCAAGAUACCCAUUGUUUCUACAGUGACUGGUUCAAUUGUUUGUGACAGCGGUUCUAUCACACCACGCUAUCUUGCACGACACGCCCGUGAGCCGGUGGAAUUCAACAAAGCUCUCGCUGCAUGUCGCGUCGAAGGCGUGGCUGAUGCACACACCAUUUGGCUUGAACUUGGUCCGGAUUCUGUCUGCGGGUCGAUGGUUAAGGCUACGUUGGGCGCGAUGAAUGUCUACGGAUCAAUCAAGUCCAAGGAGCCAAAUUGGAAAACAAUUUCUGUCACUGUCGCGGCUUUGUACACGGCUGGUUCCAGUCUCAACUGGUGCGAUUUCCAUCACGAGUACACCAAAUCACUGACGCUAUUAGAUCUUCCAAAGUAUGCGUUCGAUACAAAGAAUUUCUGGCGCAUCUACAAGGAAGAUCCAGUUAGCCAGGCUGAAAACGUCGUGACGAAGGCAACGACUAUGAGGCACAUAUCGAGCUCGCUCCACACCGUCAAAGAACAGGUGAUAACCACAGACAAAAUAAGUAUUGUGUUUGAGACUUCGCUGGCAGAUCAGGAUUUGUACGAGGCCAUUCGUGGCCAUCUUGUUGAUGAGUUGCCACUGUGCCCCAGUGGUAUCUUCUGUGAUAUAGCACUCACUGCGGCAAAGUAUGUCCAUUCUAAGGUCCACAAGAACGAAGCAAGCCAGAAGAAUCUAGUGAUCAACAACCUAGAGUUAAACCACCCCGUUGUUGUCGCCUCUAGCGACUCCCAACAAACGUUGCGGAUCUCUGCGGAUCGUGAAGCGAGAACUGGACAUCAAGUAAAGAUCACCUUCCAUUUGCAGGAUGGAUCAUCAACUCAAGAGAUUGGAGGCUGUCAAGUCAAUACAUAUACACCGCAAGAAUGGGAGAACGAUUGGUCAAAUACAUCCUUUUUCGUCAAGUCUCGCAUGAGCUCCUUGGUUGAAUCCGUCAAGGCAGGUCGCGGUGACCAUCUGCGUCGUUCAGUCAUAUACAAACUGUUCGCAAGCUUAGUCAAGUAUGACCAGAAAUACCAGGCCAUUGAAGAAAUGUUCUGGGACGAGCAGUCAAACGAUGCCGUGGCGAACAUCAGCCUGAAGCCGUACAAUGGACGCGGAGCGUUUGAGUACUUGCCGUACUGGACAGAUCCCUUGGUCCAUCUUGCUGGCUUCGUGUUGAAUGUUGAUUUAACCAGCACUAGUGAUGAUGUCUGGCUAUCGAGCGGAGUAGCGCGAAUGCAAGUACAUGAAGAACUCUCCGCUGAAACACCGUAUGUCUCUUAUGUGCGAUCUCACACACCUGACGAGCAUGGCAUGGCCAUCGGCGAUGUGUACGUGUUUGAUCAGAACCGGCUGGUGGGAUUCUGCAGUCUUGUAUUCCAGAGAAUGCCACGGAUUGUACUGCACCGUUUACUACACAAGCAUGAGCCACGAGCCCCGACAAAGGCUUCAGGCUCGACACAAGCAGUCUUUGUACAGAAGGUUCAGAAAUCAGUUACCGACAAGCAUGAGCUACCGGCUACGAUGUCUCAGUCUACCCCAGUUUCAAUCGAAAACAACCUUGCUAAUCGGCUGAUAGCAAUCAUUGCCGAAGAGACAGGGGCCGAUAUGGUUGAUAUGGUUCCGGCUGCCGACUUCGCAUCAAUGGGCGUCGAUUCAUUAAUGGGUAUUACCAUCAUUGACCGUGUCCAAAAAGAACUAGACGUUCAGUUAGAGGCUAGCUUUUUCCAGGAGAACCUGACUGUCGCAGAUGCGCAGAGAGCACUUGGCUAUGAUGAAACGGACUCGGAGAAUGACCAAACACCCAAUGCAGACAGUGACGGCAGUACGCCGAAUGGAACCUUGACACCAAUCUCGCCGCCCGAAUCAGAUAUCGAAGAGAUACUAGUGGCUCCUAAUAAACUCCUUUCUGAGGCGAUACAAAUCGCGACAGAAGCACCCCCUGCAGAAGUCAUCACUGCGCCUGCGGGAGUCGAGAUUACUCCCCCGUCGACGGGGACGUCGACGGAAUACAAGUCUAACGUGGUGCUUAUACAUGGUCGCAAAAAAUCCGGCAAGACUCCCCUCUUCCUGAUCACGGAUGGUGCUGGUUCCGCCACUGCGUACAUUCACCUCCCCCGAUUUGCGUCGGGCAUGCCGCUAUACGCCGUCGAAUCGCCUUUCGUCCGUUGUCCGCUCGAGUACAAUUUCUCUGUUGAGGAGACAGCCAAGAUGUAUAUUGCCGCCAUCAAAAAAGUUCAACCUGAGGGACCAUAUAUGCUCGGUGGGUGGUCCGCUGGUGGUGCCCAUGCCUUCGAAGUCAGUCGCCAGCUCCUCGAAGCUGGUGACAAGAUCCAGCGACUCAUCAUCAUCGACAUGAAAAUACCAAAGCCCAUGCCAGAGGGUCUCGAAGUGACCAUGGACUUCCUUGACAAAGUCGGACUUACCACGGGCAUAAACAGAGCAGGCCCUGCUUUGGCAGGCAUGUCCGAGCGUCUAAAGCAACAUCUAGCAAGCACUAUCAAGUCUUUAAUGGUCUAUACAGCCCGGGAAAUGGACCCAUCACGCCGCCCAGAAAAGUCGUACAUUAUCUGGGCAGAGUAUGGUCUUGCAGAGAUCAUUGGCGACGCUGCCUUCAAGGACGUGGCCGACAUGAUGGGCCUGAAGGAGGACGUUGAAGGAAACCCGAUGGAAGACGACACGGGUCUUGCCUCGUGGUUUUAUUCCAAAAGAGACAGCUUUGGUCCUAAUGGGUGGGAUAAGCUAUUGGGAAAUGUUGUGUGUCGUUCGAUGAAGGCUGAUCAUUUCUCGAUGGUCACUCCUCCUGCUGCCGGUGAUCUCGGAAGACUGCUACAGGAGGCAGUCAAUGGCGGAAAUUGA